AUGGAUGCCACCGCCUUGAGAAGCUGCAUUCAAGCCACGCUUAGCUCUGAUGCAAAUGCUCGACGGCAAGCUGAGAUUGAUCUCAAACACGCAGAAGAUCAACCUGGCUUCUCCAACGCCCUGCUGAACAUACUGGAGGCGGAACAGGAUGGCGGAAUACGGCUGUCUACCGUCGUCUACCUCAAGAACCGGAUUUCGAAGGGAUGGUUGUCAGCAGAGGACAUCCCACAAGCACAAGCGAAACCGAUACCAGAGGAGGAGAGAGCAGUAGUUCGCAGUCGGAUCGUACCUGUCCUUGUGACAGCGUCGCCCCCAGUCCGAGCCCAGCUCAUACCUACGCUGCAAAAGAUUCUAGCGAGCGAUUUCCCUCAGAAGUGGCCAGAUUUCCUCGACCUUACAGUACAACUGCUUAGCUCCUCCGACGCAAACUCGGUUUUUGCUGGCGUACAGUGCCUGCUUACAAUAUGUCGAAUAUACCGGUUCAAGGCUGGCCAGAACAAACCAGAGUUUGACGGCAUCGUUGCGGCUACCUUCCCCCGGUUACUUGGCAUCGGCAACGGCCUGUUGAAUGAGACAAGCAUAGAGGCAGGGGAGAUACUGAGGACGGUCAUGAAAACAUUCAAGCAUGCAAUUUACUUCGAACUUCCAGUGCCACUUCGCGAGCAGCAAGCUAUGGUUGGCUGGGCUUCGUUGUUCAUACACGUUAUAGCGAAGGAGCCGCCCCCGAGUGCGCUGCCUGAGGAUCUCGACGAGCGGGAGACCAACCACUGGUGGAAAGCCAAGAAAUGGGCCUAUGCGGAUCUGAACCGGAUAUUCGUGAGGUAUGGAAACCCCGGCACCCUUGGAAAGAACAACGACCCAGACUAUUCCGAAUUUGCCAAAUCUUUCAUCACCAACUUCGCGCCAGAAAUCCUCAAGGGCUACCUUCAGCAGAUCGAGAAAUGGGUCGCGAAACAAACAUGGCUAAGCAAAGCCUGCCUUUCAUAUACACUGGCGUUCUUGGAUGAAUGCAUCAAGCCCAAGUCAAUGUGGAACCUCUUGCAACCGCACAUGGAGACUCUAGUGGAACAUCUCCUGUUUCCGGUCCUCUGCCAGUCAGAUGAGGACAUCGAACUUUUCGAAACUGAUCCACAAGAGUACCUUCACCGCAAGCUAAACUUGUACGAAGAGGUAUCUGCACCUGAUGUCGCAGCUACGAACUUCUUGGUUACCCUCACGAAGUCGCGGCGGAAACAGACCUUCAUGAUACUCAACUUUGUCAACGGAAUCGUCAACAGAUAUGAGGCUGCGCCCGAUGAUCAGAAGAACCCUAGGGAGAAAGAGGGCGCGCUGCGCAUGAUCGGUACUCUGUCCGGAGUUAUACUUGGGAAGAAGAGUCCUAUUGCAGACUCUGUAGAGUACUUCUUCGUGCGGCACGUCUUCCCGGAGUUCCGCAGUCCCCAUGGCUACCUUCGAGCCCGCGCCUGCGAUACCCUGGAAAAAUUCGAACAGCUCGACUUCAAAGACCCCAACAACCUGCGGAUUGUCUAUCAAAACAUCCUUCAGUCACUCACGGAUUCUGCGCUACCCGUCCGGGUCGAAGCUGCACUGGCACUUCAACCUCUUAUCCGACACGAGCUGGUGCGGGUUGAAAUGCAACAGAACAUCCCCCAGAUUAUGCAGCAGCUGCUUAAACUGGCAAACGAGGUCGACGUAGACGCCUUGGCGAACAUAAUGGAAGACUUUGUUGAAGUCUUCUCUCAGGAGCUCACGCCUUUUGCCGUGGCGUUAAGCGAGCAGCUACGCGAUACCUACCUCCGAAUCGUGCGUGAACUGGUUGAGCGUGCACGAGAAAAAGACGAAGAGGAGCCGUAUGGUGACUACCUAGACGAUAAGAGCAUCACCGCGCUUGGUGUGCUCCAGACGAUAGGGACUCUAAUCCUUACUCUGGAAAGCACUCCGGACGUGCUGCUGCACCUGGAGACCGUCUUGAUGCCCGUUAUCCAAAUCACUCUAGACAACAAACUAUUUGACCUUUACAACGAAGUGUUCGAGAUCAUUGACAGCUGCACAUUUGCUGCCAAGCGCAUCUCGCCCACGAUGUGGCAGGCUUUCGAGCUGAUCCACCGGACAUUCAAGGGCGGCGCUGAGCUCUAUCUGGAGGACAUGCUUCCAGCGCUCGAGAACUUCGUGUGCUACGGAACGGACAUGUUGAUACAGAAUAACAUGUACCUGGAGGCCGUUGUCGACAUGAUCCGAGUCAUCUUCAAGGACGAGAAAGUCGGCGGUGUCGACAGGAUAUGCGGAUGCAAACUCGCCGAGAUCGUUAUGCUGAGUCUGCGAGGAUACGUCGACCGAUACAUUCCGGAGUUCAUCCAGCUUGCCAUGGGUGUUCUGACAAGUGACGAGCUGAAGGUCAAGUCAUACCGGAUCCAUUUGAUGGAGAUGGUGAUCAAUUGUAUCUACUACAACCCGAUACUCGCGCUCCAUGUCCUCGAGAGCAACGGCUGGACCAACAAGUUCUUCAGCAUGUGGUUCUCCAAUAUCGACAGUUUUACUAGAGUUCAUGACAAAAAGCUGUCGAUUGCCGCAAUCACCUCCCUUCUCGUCCUUCAAGCGCAAGACGUCCCGGUCAGUGUACAACAAGGCUGGCCACGCCUCCUGCAAGGUAUCGUACGGUUGUUCCAGACGCUGCCAGCAGCGAUGAAGAAUCGAGAGGAAGCCAAGAAGGAGGAAGACUUCAGCAUCACAGGUGAUUACGAUGAUGAGGACGAAGAGGAAGAAUGGGAAGGCGACCCGGGUUGGACCAAUGAGGACGGCGACGAAGUCGGAGACGUCAAAGAUGAGAGCGCGGCUUACUUAGAGUUCCUCAACGAAGAGGCACAGAAGUUCACCACAAUCUCGGACGACGACGAUGAUGAGCUUGAGGAGGAGAGCCUUCUAGAGACCCCUCUAGACAGGUUGGAGCCGUAUGGCCUUUUCAAGGACUCACUGCUACGACUUCAGCAGGAACAACCGCGGCUCUACGACAACCUCACUAAGAACUUGACUGCCGAAGAACUACAAGUUGUUCAAGCGGCUGUGCAUCAAGCGGACGUCGUCGCUGAGCAAGCUGUACAAGCACUACAGACGAACGGCAGCGUUCCGCACAGCGAAUGA